CGAAUAUAUAUAUAGUGUUGAUCAUAGUAUUCCUUGUUCAUCGUCAAAUUUUCUUACCACACGAAACUCUCCUUAUUAGACAUUCUACAUACCAUCAUAUUAUCAAGAACUCACAUUUUCAGCCACCUCCGGCGGCUCUCUUCUCCGAUGGGGAGCAUUUUCCGGCCACGCGCCGACCGCAGCGACACGUUGGAUCUCAGCCACCCGAGUUCCGACCGGAUUCCCAAUCCGUCCGUCAACGACAGCAGCCACGUCGAUCCUCCGGCGGUGCCGUGCGACUACUUCGACGGCGUCUACGACUACAUCAAGCAGAUGCUGAUGGAGGAGGACGACGACGAAUCCGACGACCGACUACACAUGUCGUUCCACGACUUCUCGGCCUUACAAGCCUGUGAGAACUACUUCUACGACGCCCUCUGGGACACCGACUCUGUCCCGACGACGCAGACCGUCGUAGGCCAACGAGCCCUGUCCGAAAACAACAACAUCGAUUCUCCGCCGGGAUUAGUUGGGUCGACAGCCACAUCGACAUUUGUCGAUGGGCUGCUGGCCUCUCCGGACAACCAAGAAAUCUCUAACACCGAUAACUACGUCGUCGACGCUUCUCUUGUCGAAUUCGGACAGGGAAGUAGUUGCGGUAAGAAAAGUCGAAACAGGGGCGACGGCGACGAUAUGUCGACAGGCUGUCGCAAACAGCUGGCGAGCUUCGAGGAAGAGGCGAUCGAGCCAACCGAGGAGGCGUCGUACGAUAAGGCGUUUUUAUGCGAGAAGAUGAAUCCCGGGUUCUACGACGACCCGCCGGAUUGUCCCAACGCGUCGGGAGACGAAGUCGAGUCGAAGUACAAGAAGCCGCCGGAGGCGCGACGGGGAAGGCCUAAAGGAACGACGAAGAAACGGGUGCAACUUCCGCCGCAGCAACGGGCUAAUGCGAAAGAAGUCGUCGAUCUCCGAACAUUGCUCACGCGGUGCGCAGAAGCCGUGUCGAGAUUCGACGGCGGCGGGGCGCAAGAAUUGCUCGAGAACAUCCGUCGACACUCCUCGCCGUACGGCGACGCGAACGAGCGUUUGGCGCAUUGCUUCGCCAACGCCCUCGAGGCUCGUCUCGCUGGGACGGGAUCCAUGUUGUACGCGUCGCUCAUGUCGAGGCACAUCCCAGCUUCGGACUUGCUGAAAGCCUAUCGAACGUACGUCACGGCAUGUCCCUUCCAGAGAAUGUCGAACAUCUUCGCGAACAAGACCAUCGCGAAGCACACGAGGGAUGCGGACAAGAUCCAUAUCGUCGAUUUCGGGAUCUUAUACGGCUUCCAAUGGCCCUGCAUCAUCCAGGGCAUAUCGUUGCGUCCCGGAGGGCCACCGGCGUUGAAGAUAACCGGAGUCGACUUCCCGCAGCCGGGAUUCAAGCCGGUCGAGAAGGUCGAGCAGACGGGGCGAAGGCUAGCGAGCUACUGCAAGAGAUUCAAAGUUCCUUUCGAGUACAAUGCCGUAGCAAAAAAGUGGGAGGAAAUAACCGAGGACGAUCUGAACCUCGAGCACGACGAGGCUCUCGUUGUCAACUGCCUUUACCGGUUAAGACAUGUCCCCGAUGAGUCCACCGGCGGCGACACAAGCAGCCCGCGCGAUGCGGUUCUGAAGCUGAUCAAGAAACUGAAGCCAUGCAUCUUUGUCCAUGGCGUCGUCAACGGGACGUACAACGCCCCAUUCUUCACGACGAGGUUCCGGGAGGCAUUGUACCACUACUCGUCGUUCUUUGACAUGAUGGAGGCGACGCUGCCGAAGGAGGAUCCAGAGCGGCUGAUGUACGAGAGGGAAGUGUUCGGUAAGGACGUGAUGAAUGUGAUUGCGUGCGAGGGAUGGGAGAGGGUCGACCGGCCGGAGAGUUACAAGCUGUGGCGGGAGCGGAACCGGAGAACCGGGUUCCGGAAGGUUCCCUUGGACAGGGAUAUCAUGAAUGAGGUUAAAAUAAAGGUGAAGAAGGGAUACCAGUGUGAGUAUAUGGUUGAAGAAGACGAUGAAUGGAUGCUGCAGGGAUGGAAGGGAAGACCUUUGUAUGCUCUUUCAUGUUGGAAGCCAUAGCCA